AAACGCGUACGAUGCGAAAAACUGCUAGCGCCGACGAUGCCUUCGACGCUGUGAAGUCCUCAAUUUCGGAGAAAACGGGCUCCCAGCUAUGUUCCAGGAACUGUCAUUUACUGCGAGGAGUGCAUUCUUUCCCCUCUGCUGGUAAAUUAGGUAUCCAUGAAUGAACAGUCGUGUACCGCAUUGGCCUCACAAUAUUGCGAAACUCAGGAGGAAGAUACCGAGUUUGGGUGGACCGAAAGUGAGCAUCAACUGAGCCAGCCCGCAGCGGGUUCUUCGGUCACCAUUGCUGGGAAGCAAAGCCACCGACAGCCGGUAGCGGCUGCCGACAUGGCGACCACGGCGGCCGGACUGUUCGGUCACCAGGUAGAUCUCAACCCAGGAAAGAAUAGCCGAACCAAGGCCAAGCACUGUGGUCACUCGCUGUACAAGAAAAAUUUCCACAGACCAACAUUUUGCCAUCACUGUACGGAUAUGUUGUGGGGAUUGUUUGGUCAAGGUUAUAUAUGCGAAGUGUGUAACUAUGUGACCCAUGAGCGCUGUCUGGAUAACAUAAUAACACCAUGCAGUACAGUGGCAGCUGAUCGAGUACAGAGCCCAGUGGCACAUGCAUGGUGCGAGCCCGGUCAUUAUCGCAAGAAAUUCUGCAAUGUAUGUCGCCGAAGGCUGGACGACUCGUUAGCCUUUCGCUGUGAAUUAUGUGAAUAUUAUGCCCAUGCAAGCUGCCUAGAUUUCGUCGUUAGUAACUGUGUCAAGUGUGCAGAUUACGAUGCUAACAGAAGUUUAGAAAAAAUGAAAUUUACCCAUCACUGGCGAGAGGGUAACUUACCAAGUAAUAGUCGCUGUGCUUUCUGCAAGAAAUCCUGUGCAACUUCGGAAUGCUUGGCUAGCAUGAAGUGCGAGUGGUGCUGGACAACUGCUCACACAGGGUGUUAUAAAAGUCUGUCGACAGAAUGCAAUCUGGGACCGAUUCGUGACCUGACAUUACCCCCAUGGGCAAUAUCCAUGCCUGUCUCCAACGCAGAGGUCAAAGGGGACGUCACGGCCAAAGGUCAAGGUGGCAUGCCUGUUAAACUCCCACCCCGGGAUAGUCCAGUCUCUCGCAAGCCCCCUGCACAAACCCAAGAAGAACCAACUCCACGAAACACAGCACACAUGAUGCGGACAAGAUUCAGGCGAUAUCAGAGCAUUACAUCAAUUGACAGCCCCACAGAAAACAAAGGAAAAGAAGAUGGAUAUGAAGAUGGCCAACUGCUGAGAAUCUAUGAUGGCAAAUCCUCAAUGAGGCGGAAAUCAUCACACAGCAUUUCAGUUGCAAAAGACACCACGGCUGCACAAGUUGUGGAAGCUGCAAUGAGGGCCCUGCAUAUUUCAGACAACCCUAACCUAUACUACCUGGCUGAAACAUCCGAAAAUGAUUCUGAUAAUCAGGAGCGGAGGUUGGGUGACGCGGAGCAGGCGGGUCAACUCAGCAAGCAACUGGGCGUCAAGAUCCCCUCCCUCAUCCUACGAUACCAGGACACAAAAGCCAAGAAAGGUCUUAUUAAAGUUUACCCAGGGACCAUGAAGGUACCAGUGGAGUAUGUAACCGUUUCCAUCACCAGCUACAUCUCCGUCAAGGAAAUCAUCGAGAUGGCACUGCACAAGUUUGGUUUAGUGGAUGAAGACCCAGAGGGGUUUGCAUUACUUGAGAUGAUCAUAGAGCAUGACAUCAGGGAGCGUGAGAUGGACCAGGAUGAGUGUCCAUGGCCGCAACUUCUCAAAGCUAGACGGAACUCCUUGCUUCAGAUGAGACUGACUAGGUAUCAUCUAAAGAGACGUGAUGAGAGGAAGCCAGUCAACGCUGCUCAGAUGUUCGUUGGCAACCUCCCUAUCAAUCUCUCGGAGCAUAAGUACAAAUACAUCAUUAGACAUUUCCUAGAAGAAGCGGGAUGUCCUUUGUAUACCUCAGUAGGAAAAGUCUAUGUACAAUACGGAGCAGCAAUAGUAGCAUUUGAGGACCAUGACGCUGCUGUGCAGGCCUAUCACGUAAUCAAAGAUGCAACUUAUGAGGAGAAACCAGUCAACUGUCUGUUCCUCCCAGAAAUUCAUAUGGAUUGCUUAAGACCAGAGGCCACACCUCUCCUGCUAUUCAUCAAUGUUAAGAGUGGAGGUUGCCAGGGCAUAGAGGUCUUUGACAUCUUGUCUAAGAUGGUCAAUCCGUACCAGGUUAUGAAUCUCUGCCAAGGAGGCCCUCUACCUGGGUUGCAUGCAUUCAGUCAGCUGCCUGAGUAUAGGAUCUUGAUCUGCGGUGGAGACGGCACAGUAGGGUGGGUCCUACAGUGUCUGGAUGAUGUAGGGCAGGAAUCAGUGUGCAGCAACCCCGCCAUCGCUAUUCUACCCCUGGGAACAGGAAAUGACCUUUCAAGAGUGCUGAAGUGGGGAGGUGGUUACCAGCAGGGUGAUGAACUCUACUCUAUCUUACAAUCCGUUGUGGAUUCAGAGGAGGUCAAACUAGACAGAUGGACGGUGAUCUUUGAAACGGACCAAUCGAAGCUGAUGGAGUGCGACAACAAGUCCAACUCGUCCAAUAGCAGCUCUGGAAAUGAGGACAUGCCGAACAUGUUCGUCAUGAAUAAUUACUUCGGUAUUGGCAUUGAUGCAGACCUCUGUCUGGGAUUCCAUAUGGCUAGGGAGGAGAAACCAGAAAAGUUCAACAGUAGGUUGCAUAAUAAAGGAGUUUACUUUCGCCUUGGUAUGAGGAAGCUGGGUAGGAGGACAUCUUGCAAGGAGUUACAGAAGGAGUUGAGAGUAGAGGUAGACGGAAGACAGAUUGAACUCCCAACCAUUGAAGGAAUACUCAUUCUCAAUAUCUCAAGUUGGGGAGGCGGAGCUGACCCCUGGGGUGUGGACAGUCAGGAUACAAUCUUUAAGAAGUGUCGUCACGAUGACGGACUGUUGGAGCUAGUGGGUGUGACGGGCGUGGUGCACCUUGGGCAGAUACAGAGCGGGCUACGCACAGGGAUUCGACUCGCCCAGGGGGCAAAUAUCCGUAUAUGGCUUAACACUGACAUGCCUGUGCAGGUGGACGGGGAGCCAUGGAUGCAGUUAGCAGGUCAGGUGGUUGUGUGUCGAUCCGCACUACAGGCGACCAUGUUGAAGAAGUCCAAGUCCAAGAUCAAGCGUAGGAACACGGAGCCUGCCCUCAACAGCAACGACGGCCAGACGAGCCCACGACGAGAACAAGCCCGACUCGUUGCAAUGAAGAGCGACGAAGGGAGCCAGGUUUGAGAAUCGUUACCCCAAAUAAUUACCGACAAAAAAAACAACAAAAGUUUCUUUUUUUUCUUCUGCCAACUUUACCCCUCAUGAUGUUUCUUUAGACCGACGAUUUGGCUUCAUCUUCAUUGAAUCCCUAACUCAUACUUUCCAAUUUUAAAACAAACUGUUGAGUGUACCCUACCUCAUAGAACUAUGUUGUGUCUGUAAACACAAAUGACCGAAACGAAAGCAGACGGAGAAAAGGGAGUGGUACAGCAACCACCAUGCUCGUGCAAAAAGAUGGACAAUUGUUUGUGCGCAUUCCGGCGAUCCUUCUGAGAGAUUUUUAGUCAGCCAUAAAUAAUGUAAGGUCUGCAGUUACAUGGUGUUCUGGCAUUCCUUCUUGAAGAUUUUUGGACUGCUGUGAAUAUCGUAAGGUCCUCGGGCACGCGGUGUUCGCCCUGGCACUAUUACACCAAUGGAACGUUUUUUUCGUGACAUCAAAUCUGUGACGCGUGGAGUGCUGACGCAUGGAGUGCUGAAUCCUAAAGCCAAGCAUGGAUUCCUACUUUAGGUGUCGAAAGUCCAGACGGAUUUGAAAGAGCACUAAGAUUCAUCUUAAGAUGAGUUGUCUGCAUCGUUGUAGUGAUGUGUAUUGUGACAUCACACUUUGCUUAGCAAUUAAGAUCUAUAAACAUCUUAAGAUCAGUCUUAGCUCAUUGUUUCGAGUCGAGCCCCCAUUUGUCUCCAAUGGUGCUUCAGGCCUUCUUUGUUACACCAGGACCUCUGGGAAGCCAAUUUCGCUUAGCAUACAAUCUAUGCUAAGCACAAAGACAAAGACAAAGAUAAAACAGGUUGCCAACAUUGUAGUGUCCAUGUCUUGCUCCCUGCAAACGUUUGCUUAGCAAUUAAAUUUGUUAAGCAACAUUUUUUGCCUGGCUGCUGAGGUUGUCGUUAACGCUAACUCCAUUUUGAAUUUUUUUUUUUAUCCAUUCUAAACUCCAAAGAAAUUUGACUCGCACAAUGUAUAAAGGUGGUAUUUCUGGCCCCAUGCCAUGCAUGGAUGUUUGGCUGGAUAGGUUCGGGUCUGGAAGUUUCUGGAAAAUUCAAGUGGUAUAAGAGGAAUUUGGUUCCACUUUCUUUGUCCGUUUUAAAUUCCUGCAUUCUUGAGACCCUAUCUGUAUUCUUUAGCAGAAGAUGAUAUUUUGUGAGAAAUCAGAUUUUGUUUUUUUUCAAGAACACUUAGCGACAGUUGCUUAGCAGGUUGCCAAGUCAUCUGGGUUGUACCAGAUGACCUUUCAUAUAGAGAAAUGGUUACCACGGUAAUCCGACUGCUACGAAACAAACAAACAAAAGCUGCCAUUUUUGUGCAAUGUGUAAAUUUGGAACGGUUGUGAAGCGUUGCCAUUGGAAAUGAAGUUAUACAAUGAUAUUCAUGUGAAAAAAUUUACAAUAAUUCUCUGUAAACAAAAUGGAUAGUGUUAGUACAGGAGAUAAGAGUGAUUACUGUUUUAUAGAAUUUUAAAAGAACGAUUCGAUCAGGAGGAUUGAGGUUUUUUUAUUGUUUUUUUUUAAUGACUGUAUUUUUUGUACUUGGUGUUUUCACACUAGGUUUUAGCUGCCUUUACAGCUUAUUGCCACAUGCAUGGAGAGAAUUUUUGUUUUAAAAAAAAAAAAUCAGUGACAGGUUUAAAUAUUCAUACUUAUUUAUAAGUUAAUUUUCAUAUUCCUUCUGGGGUAAAAAAUGUCUGGGAGAAAUAUGAUUUGGUUUCAACUCUCUAAACUGCAAAGUUUUGGCUGGAUUUGGAGUUGGGUCAAAUUUAGCAGCCAUUUGUGGCCGUCUGUUUGCAUAUGCUGUUAUUUAUUAUACCCACUAAUAAAUGUAGCGGUCGAACGAACCCCUUGUCACCAGGCCAGCUGGCUGUCUAGCAGUUGAGACAAUCUGCUCAGGUUCGAAUCUCACUUGAGUUCUUGGUGGGGGUUUUUGUCUGCGGGACACAAAAAGCCCUAAAGGUCCAGUGUGUUUCAUACAUUAGUGGAGAGAUGAACUUAUUUGAUAUUUGAAUGAUUUGGACGUCUUACCGUCACAAAAUUGUUUAGGGGGAUUUUUUUAUUAUUAAACAUUUUUUUUUUUAAAUAUUGGAAGAAUGGUGGUUAUCAAUGGACUCAAAGAGCUCCAUGCUGCACCAGAUGUUUUUAAACUAGCUUGGAGACAGCCUUGUUACUUACAUGCAUGUGGAAUUUUCCAUGAAAGUACUAAUAUAUAACAGCACCAAAUAUACUUGAUUUAAACGUUUUAAAGUUUAUCCAUUUUUUGCACCUUAUGCAGGCUCUAGACACUGAUAGUUACUGACUUUUAAUCGACACGUAUUUUGUACAUUUUGCUUUUUUUUUGUGGAUUGUUUUUAGGGGGACUUCAGGAUUAAGAAUUUAAAUUUUAACUAAUCGACCGUUUAGCAUUCUGUGACGAUUUUGCCUUUUUUUCUUGUUUUUAAACUAUUGACGCUCGGGGUUAGUCAUACACGGAACAGAAACGUGGACUAUAAAUGGACUUUAAGCAUUUUAUGCAACAACAAACAAAAACAAUUGUGAAUGAGACACUGAUUAUUCAAAACAUUUGUUUUAUAAGUUACUGUUACAUGCACAUUUAGUAAUUGUACAUUUAAAAACAACAACAAUUAAAUAAUGUUAUAAAUUUGUCAACAAAUGUUUACUCAAUUUGAUUUUAUUUUCUUCCCUGUAGAUAUAAAACAAAUCGUAAAUUAUAUGGUUAAUACUUUUUAAUUACUUUGAGGAGCUGGUCUUACUCAAAAAAAAAGAGAAAAAAAGUAAUAAUUUUGUUGCUGCAUGGUGGUUUAUCCUAGUCUUUCCAUAUUUUAGUCAGUUGUUUCAGAGCAGUGUUGUGACUCACCAGCAUUUAACUGAGAGAAGCUGACACUAAUCACACUGUUUUCACAAAACCUUGUGAAAAUUACGGAAAUGUUUCACACUCUCGUGGUGAAAAUUUAGUUUGCAAUUUUUGAAGUGUUUCAGAACAGCAUUUCGACUUAGCAGCAUUAACUGAGAGAAAAUAACUGAAAUUUAUCACACUGUUUUCACAAAAUCUUGUGAAACAUUUGUUCAAAACUAGCAUUGAGUCUUAACAGCAUAAACUGAGAAAAAAUUAACUGAAAUUAAUGACUGUUUUCACAAAACCUUGUGAAAAUUAUGGAAAUAUUUCACACUCUCAUUGUGAAAAUUUUGUUCACACUAGCAGUUGUUUUUAAAACAGAGUUGGGACACAAAAUAUUUCUCACUGUCCAGGAAAUACUGUGAAGAAAUUGAAAAACUGUUUCCUGAAAUCUUGUGAAAAAUUGGAUACAUUUCAUAUGGUUGCCAUUGAAAUCUAGUUUAGAUGGUGGACAAGAAUAAAGAAUUCAAGAUAAAGUAACACUGCCCUCUCACAGAAAUGUAAACUUCGUCACAUGAGAUAUUUAAAAACUGAAAUUGACUUCUGUCUCAUUAGUACAUCAGAAAUGGUAUCCAAUUUGGAAACACAAAUUAUCAACCAGAAAAGCAAGGAAGCUCUGUAGUUCCAAAAUAACAUGGUGAAUAAAUUCAAACACACAAAACUAUCUGGGGCCAAUUUCAUAGAACUGCUUAAGCAAAAAUUUUGCUUAAGCACGAA